AUGAAGAUAAUCCGCUCGCACGCGGAGCUGCUCGUCUACCGCGCCUCACUGCCUGCCACCUCCACGGUCGGCUUUGUGCCGACGAUGGGCGGGCUACACGCCGGGCACACAUCGCUCCUAACGCUCUCGCGCCGCGACAACGACAUAAGCCUGGCCUCUAUCUUCGUGAACCCCGCGCAGUUCGCGCCGGGCGAAGACUUUGCCUCCUACCCGCGCACGGAGGACGCGGACCUGUCGCUGUGCGCGUCGCACGGGGCGGACGCGGUGUACCUGCCGCGCGCGGAGGACGUGUACCCGGCGGGCUACGAGACGUACGUGGAGGCGGGGUGUGGCGGGGCGGCGCGCAACGCGCGGUCCGAGGGCGCGUCGCGGCCGACGUUCUUCCGCGGCGUGGCGACCGUGGUGCUCAAGCUGGCCGUCGCGGCGCGGCCGCACCGGCUCUACGUCGGGCAGAAGGACGCACAGCAGUGCGCGGUCGUGCGCGCGGUCGUGCGCGACGUCGGGCUGCCGCUCGAGGUGGUCGUCGGGGAGACCGUGAGGGAGGGCGACGGGCUCGCGAUGUCGACGAGGAACCAGUACCUCACGGGCGCGGAGCGCAGCGUGGCCGGCGGCGUGUGGGCCGCGCUCAGGGAGGGGACGGCGGUGUGGGCAAAGGGGGAGAGGGACGCGGAGAGCGUGCGCGGUGUGGUGAGGGAGAAGCUCGCGGAUAUGCGCGGGAAGGACGCGAAUGUAGAGGUGUUGUAUGUUAGCUUGUGUGACCGGGAGAGCAUGAGGGAGGUCGAGGGGACGGUUGAGGGCGGUGGGAAGUGUGUCGUUUGUGUUGCUGUGAUGGUCGGCAAAGCGCGGUUGAUUGAUAAUGUGGUGCUGGAGUAG